UCUACCCUAUAGCCCUGAGAUACCUUUGGUUGUCUCCCAUCCAAACACUAACUGGGUCCAACCCUAUUUAGUAUUUCAUAGUCAGCCAGCUGGAUGUUUGUAUGUAGGCAAACUAGAGGCAGAGAAUAUGAACCAUUGGGGAAUCCUUGAGGUUGUUUUGUACCUUUCAAAGUCUGAUUGAGUUCCCAGUGCCAUGAAAUGCAUUUCACUGGUGGUUGCAGAAACUGCUCUUGGUGUGCUAAUAAUAAAAUUGCUUCCACAGGCAAGGUGAAAAAUCGGCCUGUCUCUACUGCUACUCUAAGAACUGCUAACUGUCCCCAGUGCUUAGAUACCAGAGUGGCAAAACCUUCAGGUGUGACGCACCGUUAUGAAAAUGUUAAAGUAGUGGAGAUAUCUGUGGAGCCAACUGCAACUGAGGCAGUUAUAUCAGAGGGAAAAGGCAGUGCUGAAGUCCAGCAAUCUUCCAACACAGGUGAAAUUGCAGCAGAAAAGGAAGAGCAGACUUUGAAUGAUCUUGUGAAUCUUUUGCAAGAUGUGGUAAAAAAUAUCCCAACAGAAAUUGUAUUGUCAACUGAACAACCACCAACUAUUUUGGUACCCAAUAUAGUAUCAUCUCCAUCUGUAGCAAUGGACACUGUUUGGGUGAAUGUGAACCCCCCAAGUAGUGAACAGUCAAAAACAAUUGCCUUGAUCAAAAAAGUUACUCCAACUACAACAGCCUUUUGGAAACUCAGAAGUGAUGCAACUGCAUCUGUCGUCCUGCAUUCUAGUACAAGACCUUCAGAAAGUCUCCCAAGUGAGACAAGUGAGUCUGUUGUUCUGAUUUCUGAAGAAGCAACUCCAGAAAAUACACUGGAGACCAUUUCAGUUCAGGUAGAAAAAGAAGCUACCACCAGGGAGGGAAGAAAGAGUUUUGAUCAGCUAACGAAUGGAGCUUUGGCUAGUCUAGUGGAAUCUCUAAAAAAUGUAAAAAAAUUACAUAUGACACUAACCGAUAAUAAACCACACCAGAACAGCCAUUCAGUGAAGUUGCCUCAUAAGCCUGGAGGUAUAGACAUCUUAGAAGCAAUUGAUACUCUAAUUGAAACAAUUAAGAAUGCACCAUCCUCUGUUAAAGAAGAUCCAGCUCUCCAUGAGUAUGUUGAGGAAGCAGAGGGCUACUUAAAAAAUGCUCUGGAAUUAGCAGGAGAGGCAGAGAGGAAGCUCUUGCAGAAGAAAGAACAGCAGAUGAAACUUGAUGUUGAGCUUCUUCAACCCCCAUCAACAGCUCCACCUAUAACAGAAGUGAAGUUGGACUUAGAGCUGCCCUCCCUAUCAUCAGAAGCAUCUGGGACUGAAGCGAAGCUGGACAUAGAGAUAACUCCUUCCCCAUCAACAGCUCCACCUGUAACAGAAGUGGAGUUAGAAAUACCUCCUCCUGCAUCAACAGCUCUACCUGUUACAGAGGUGGACAUCCUUUUGACUCCAUCUGAGUCUCUGGAAGAGAAAGCAGAAGACAAUCAAAAAGAAAUGGGGAAAUUAAAAGCAUUUAUUAAUUUGUUAUAUGGCUUUAGUCCCCAAUUAACUGAAUAUGCAGAGAACUCACCAAAUAAAAAGGUGGCUCAGGAUAUUGUUGAAAGAUCAAUGGAAGUCCUUGAUGCUAUAAAGAGUGUUUUCUGUGGAAAACCUGAGAGGAGAAGUAAACAUAUUUUGAAGCAGUUGUUACAGAAAGACGUGGAGCUUGUAAGACAAGCCAUGAAGGAAAAAAGAGCCUCUUAAGAUACAUUUACUCCUUGGUAUGGAGGUUUUUAUGUACAAUUAGAGGUCUGGUUUCUUAUUUCUAACAGCCAUUGAAAUAUCUGUAGCCGUUUUCAUGUCUGAAAUUAAAUGUUUAUUUUUAAA